AUGACGCUGGUAAACGGUGGUGCAGAGCAGGUGCUCAACUUAUGGGAGCAGUGGGAACCGCAGGCCUUCUGCAGCCUGGGCCCACACUUUGAUCCAAAGCCCAAGAAGAGAAAUAGGGUGAACUUCUGCUUGGCUGUAGUGGUCAUCUACCUGAUUCUGCUCACCAUGGGCACCGGGCUGCUGGUGGUCCAAGUUCUGAAUCUGCAGGAGCAGCUCCAGGCCCUGAAGAGGUACUUUCCCAAUGGAACGCUGGCCACUGAGGACAGCUCACCCUUCUCCUUGCUGCAGUCAGCAAAACUCGGAGAACAGCCGGCUCGGGGUGCACCAGGGCUGCAAGUCCUGCAGGCCCAGCUCAGCCAGGUCCAUGCCAGCCAGGAGCACCUGCUGCAGUGGGUGGACAACUUCACUCAGAACCCAGAGCUGUUCGGGAUCAAAGGUGAACGAGGUGCCCCAGGUCUUCCAGGUCAAAAGGGGGCUGAGGGCAUACCUGGCACCCCUGGACUGCCAGGGCCACCUGCUGAGAAGGGAGACAGGGGCGCCGCAGGACGUGACGGAGCCACAGGCCCCCCAGGACCCCAAGGCCCACCAGGAACCAAGGGAGAGGCAGGCCUCCGAGGACCCAAGGGCGAGCCAGGAAAGCAAGGAGUGGCAGGCACCCCAGGGCCCCAAGGAGAGAAGGGCAGCAAAGGCGAGGGGGGUCUCACUGGCCUGAAAGGGGAAGCUGGAGCUAAGGGAGACAAGGGAGACCUGGGCCCCCCAGGAAGCAAAGGGGACAUGGGCAUCAAAGGAGACACAGGGGUCAUGGGCCCUCCUGGAGCCCAGGGGAGUAAAGGUGACUCUGGGAAGCCAGGCCCACCAGGUUUGGCUGGAUCUCCUGGAGCCAAAGGAGAUCAAGGACAACCUGGAGCACAGGGUGUUCAAGGUCUUCCCGGCAUUGUGGGACCCCCAGGUGUCAAAGGUGAACCUGGCCAUGCUGGCUCUGCUGGGCUAACAGGACCACCAGGGAGACCCGGGAUUCCAGGAGCCACAGGCCAGAAAGGAAGCAAGGGAGACACAGGACUUCAAGGACAGAAAGGAACAAAAGGAGAAUCAGGAGUUCCAGGCCCUGCAGGUUUGAAGGGAGAAAAGGGAAGCCCAGGGCUGGCAGGCCCCAAGGGAGCACCUGGACCAGCUGGCCAAAAGGGAGACCCUGGAGUGAAAGGUGAGCCCCUAGCACGCGUCAGGAUCAUUGGCAGCAGUUAUCGAGGCCGGGCUGAAGUUUACUAUAAUGGUGUCUGGGGGACCAUUUGUGAUGACAGCUGGGACGAUUCCGAUGCCACUGUCUUCUGCCGCAUGUUGGGUUACUCCAGAGGAAGGGCCAUUUUCACAGUACAAGCUGGCACUGGGACCAUCUGGCUGGAUGAUGUUGAAUGUAGAGGAACAGAACAGACACUGUGGAACUGCAGAAAGAGUGACUGGGGCUCCCACAACUGCAAGCACAGUGAGGAUGCAGGCGUGGAGUGCAGCCAGUGA